GGUGUUGUGUGUUAGGAAUACUGUGAAUGUGGAAGAGAAGUCGUUAUCGUUGUUAGGAGUUGUUAUUCUUUGGUAUGACUAACGGACGCAAUCUACCUGAGAGUAGUUAUAGCAAUUGGAAGCUCUUGAAGUUCUGAAGUAAAGAUGGGUGAUGAAGAUGAUUCCAUCGAACAAGCUGCUGCAUCACGUAGAGAAAGGCUGCGGGCUCUUAAAGCUGCUCAAGAAUUGAUGAAUACUCCUGAUGAUGACACUAAACAAGCUAAUGAUAAGACAAAUGACGAUGAAACUACUGAAGAGCAAAAUCCCAUGAAAUUUCGUAAUUAUGUUCCUCAGGACAAACACCUCCAGGAAGGGAAGCUUGCUCCUGCCGUGCUACCAAAGUUUGAAGACCCUGUUGCUGCUGCCCCUCCACCUGAGAAGGAGGAUCCUUUUUUGAAUAUUGCUCCGAAGAAACCUAACUGGGACCUGCGGAGAGAUGUGCAGAAGAAGCUUGAUAAGCUUGAAAAACGAACUCAGAAGGCUCUUUACAAACUUAUGGAGGAGCAAGAAAAACAACAACUAUUGACUGAAGGGGAUGAUACAAAUGGCACCGCAGAUUAAUUGUAGAAUCUGAAACAACCUCAUUGACCAAUGCAGAAGUCAGUACUAAUGCUACACCUUGCUUUUGCAGUGUAUGAUUACUGUUAUAUUACUCAUUCUGAAUUUAGAGGUAAAAAAUCAUGGAUUCUUGCAGCUUCUCCCCCCCCCCCCCGGGGGUCUUCGGGAAUUAAAAUGCCACUUCUAAACAUUUGAGUCAAUCGUCAUUCUCCCACUCGGCUUGUCCUCUUUUGAUUUAAGGGGAUCAGAUUAUGGAAUGUGGGAGUCUUGCAGAAAAUUGAAAAUGCCACACUAAAUAUUCAGGGGUACAUUAAAAUUUUGCUUUAAGAUUGUUUU